AUGAAGGCGUCUUUUGCAAUCCUGCUGGCCGCCUGUCUCUGCGUGCAAAGAGGUGAGGCCUUUAUAUUUUCACGAGACAGGACGCGUUUAGGGUUUCUGACCCCCCCCCCAAUACAAAAUUAACUUUUUCUCCCCCCGUCUCCCCGCCCAAUAUCAAUUUAGGUUAUUUUUAAGGAUGCCCGUUAGCUGCUAGCUUUUAUCUCUGCAAAGCGAGGGGGAGGAUAGCCUGCUUUUGCGGCUGCCCUGCGUCUGGUUUGCAAAAAUGGGCGUUGCAGGGGCUCUUUCCGCGUUAAAAGAGCGCAACGUACGCCGCGAUCCUAAACCUCUGGGAGGAAGCGCCGCUGGAUUGAACAGGCAUUUCUUCUGGGUAGGCGUGGUUUAGGGUUGCGCUCAAUCCUAAGGGUGCCGCCCUGACCCCGUUUGCCUGGGAUUGCCCUGCGGUUCUGUGCACGCGUUAAAUGAGAAAGGAGGCCCACCGGGCACACCUGGGUCUGCUUUCGAGUCAAUGUGCGCUUUAUACAGUGUGGCGUAGUGGUUAGAGUGGUGGGUUAGGAUCCUGGAGACCGGAGUUGGGGAGGAAGGGUGGGAUUAGGCAGGAAAAGCCCCCUCUGACGUCAGACAGGACUAUCUGUGGUGAUGAGCAGGGAGGCACUCAGCACAUGCUCAGAGACGUUCUCGGUACAAGGGCUUUGCAAGAGUCGGGGGAGGGGCGGCUGCUGGGAAUGGUACCCCCCCCAAAAAAAAAACCACCCCCAAUGGCACUCCUGGUAUGUCAUUUUUGUAUGGAGAUGGAGAAGGCGCUGAGUUAAUUUUAAUCUCAUGUAUUCUUUUGAAACAUACAGAAUUUAAAAGUAUGGAUGUGAGUUUUUCUUGGUUUUAUUGCUUUAUCUUUCUGUAAACUCUUGCAUGCAUGGGAGCAGGGCCGGGAAGAGAAGGUGGCAACCCCUACAGAGUGCCAAAAAAAUUCAUGGGGGAAGGGGAAGCAGUCCACGAGGUCUUUCCCAUCCCCUUUGUCUGAGGGUCUGGAGCUUUGCCAGGGACUCUUGCAAGCCUCUUGCAAAAAACUCCGGGUUUUGUGGUCGCUCCCAUUGUGGUGCUGUGGAAUUUUUCUGGCAUGAUGUAAAAGCUGGGAUGGUAUGGAAUGGGAAGGGAUGCCCUCCAGCUGUUUUCGGACUACAACUCCCAUGAUCCCUAGCUAACAGGACCAGUGGUCAGGAAUGCUGGGAAUUGUAGUCUGUCAUUUGAAUUAAAUGGAUGUGCCAGAGAUGUAUCAGAGGAAUAUUUUAGAGCGGAAACAUUUAUGGUUUUUUCUUCUUCUUCCGGAAAUGUGGCUCAGUGCCUGUCCCAGCUAGUCCUUUGCGACGGAUAAAAUCCUUUUUGGGCUGCUGGCACCAUCCCUUUCUCUCUCAGUGACUAUCCCUUACCCAUCCCCAAGUGAUUUAUGCCCUAUUCAAAACAGCAUUGUAAAAAACCCAGAGAGCAUGAAAACCAAGCUUGCUUGUACAUGCCAGAAGCUCUGACCUUCCUUUUCCUGCUGUUAAAAAGCUUUUGCAUUCGAAUAACCCAAUUACCUGUAGUCCUACAGUCAUUCUGGUCCUUCCUGGCGGAGAGGAUAUGGAUGGCUAGCAGUAGCCACUAUGGCUUACCUGCUUGAAGGUUUUUCCACAGGCAACUUCUUGGCCACUGUGAGAACAGGAUCCUGGAGUCCAGGAGGGGGCAAUGGCCGGAUCCAGCAGGCUCUGCUUACAUUCUUACGCUCCGUAAUUGAAUGAACAGCUGCAGAGUUGUAUCUCAAGAGGAAUCGGGUUCCUCUGGCAAACAAUGGAAGUAUUCUGUAUUUAUUUUACUUGUUAUAAUGGAGGUCAGGUCCUGGCAAGCCCGCUUCUCUCGCUUUACAGAAGAGGCCUUUUGGGAACUGCAUUCCUUAACCAGGCAAAGGGAAUGAUGAUGGGAAUCCAGUUGUUUAUUGGGGGAGAUAACCUACCAUCAAGGACGCAGGUGGCGCUGUGGGUUAAACCACAGAGCCUAGGACUUGCCGAGCAGAAGGUCGGCGGUUCGAAUCCCCGUGACGGGGUGAGCUCCUGUUGCUCGGUCCCUGCUCCUGCCAACCUAGCAGUUCGAAAGCACGUCAAAGUGCAAGUAGAUAAAUAGGUACCACUCCAGCGGGAAGGUAAACGGCGUUUCCGUGCGCUGCUCUGGUUCGCCAGAAGCGGCUUAGUCAUGCUGGCCACAUGAGCCGGAAGCUGCACGCCGGCUCCCUCGGCCAAUAAAGCGAGAUGAGUGCCGCAACCCCAGAGUCGGACACGACUGGACCUAAUGGUCAGGGGUCCCUUUACCUUCAUUUACCUACCAUCACUUACCUGCUCAUUGAGGAACGCCAGGUUCCCUAUGACAUUAGUUUGAGAUUAAGACCCACCCUUCCUUUCAAGGGUGCCCAGAGCUUCAGGUCUCUUAAUUUUGAUCUGUGAUUAGGAAAGUGAUUCACAGAUGGUAUUUAAAUCUUGAGUAGGCUUGCAAAAAGGAACCAUGGAAAGAUAAGAAGGGAAGUCACUGAUAUAUUGAGGAUGUAAAAAGAGUAGUUUUUAUUGUAAAACAGUGUGUGUGUGUGUGUGUGUGAGAGAGAGAGAGAGAGAGAGAGAGAGAGAGAGAGAAAGUGAAACAAGAGGAAAGCACUGGUGUGUAAAGAACGUCAGAGCUUGAUGGCGCAUGGGGCGUAGUUCUGGACUCCAGUCACAUGCCGCACACCUUCUUCUCCUGAGACAGUUUAGCAGAACUGGGAGGAAAUAAAGGGGAAAUAUAAUAGUUUACUGGGACACGGGUGGCGCUGUGGGUUAAACCACAGAGCCUAGGACUUGCCAAUCAGAAGGUCGGCUGUUUGAAUCCCCGCAACGGAGUGAGCUCCCGUUGCUCGGUCCCUGUUCCUGCCCACCUAGCAGUUCAAAAGCACGUCAAAGUGCAAGUAGAUAAAUAGGUACUGCCCUGGCGGGAAGAUAAAUGGUGUUUCUGUACGCUGCUCUGGUUCGCCAGAAGCGGAUUAGUCAUGCUGGCCACAAGACCCGGAAGCUGUAUGCCAGCUUCCUCGGCCAGUAAAGUGAGAUGAGCGCCGCAACUCCAGAGUCCUCCGCGACUGGACCUAAUGGUCUGGGGUCCCGUUGUUGUUGUUUAGUUGUUUAGUCGUGUCCGACUCUUUGUGACCCCAUGGACCAGAGCAUGCCAGGAGCUCCUGUCUUCACUGCCUCCUGCAGUUUGGUCAUACUCAUGUUGGCAGCUUCGAGAACACUGUCCAACCAUCUCGUCCUCUGUCGUCCCUUCUCCUUGUGCCCUCCAUCUUUCCCGACAUCAGGGUCUUUUCCAGGGAGUCUUCUCUUCUCCUGAGGUGGCCAAAGAAUUGGAGCCUCAGCUUCAGGAUCUGUCCUUCCAGUGAGCACUCAGGGCUGAUUUCCUUCAGAAUGGAUAGGUUUGAUCUUCUUGCAGUCCAUGGGACUCUCAAGAGUCUCCUCCAGCACCAGAAUUCAAAAGCAUCAAUUCUUCGACGAUCAGCCUUCUUUAUUGUCCAGCUCUCACUUCCAUACAUCACUACUGGGAAAACCAGAGCUUUAACUAUACGGACCUUUGCUGGCAAGGUGAUGUCUUUACCUUUAUAAUCGUUUACUGGAUGGGGGUGGAAAACACAGAAGCAGCACCUGAGCUGCCUGCCAGAUGUUGCUGAAAUUCCUCUCAUCAUCCCUGCCCAUGCUAGCAGUCUACAGUAUCUGGGGGGCACCAGGUUGCCAAAGCCUGGUACCUAUAUUCUCUGUCUACCUGGUCCAGCCACUCCAUUCUGCCCCCCCUCCAAGUCUCUCAACUUUCCAUACCAUUGAGUUACUAAUGGGGUGGUUUGGGGGGGUUCCCUCCUCCCCUUACCUUUGUUUCCCCACUGCAGAUUUUUGCCACCACAGUAGAAGGUCUAGGGCAGGGGUCAGCAACCUUUUCCAGCCGUGGGCUGGUCCACUGUCCCUCAGACCAUGUGGGGGGCCGGACUAUAUUUUUUGGGGGGAAAUGAACAAAUUCCUAUACCCCACAAAUAACCCAGAGAUGGAUUUUAAAUAAAAGGACACAUUCUACUCGUGUAAAAACACUUCCCGGACCGUCCGCAGGCCGGAUUGAGAAGGCGAUUGGGCCGGAUCCAGCCCCCAGCCCUUAGUUUGCCUACCCCUGGUUUAGAGGCAGGGCAUCUGCCUUGAAUGCAGAAGGCCUCAGGUGCAAUUCUUGACAUUUCCAGCUGGUGUGGGAGAAACAGGUGAGAAACACCGGCACCCUGUCUAACUCUUGUGCGCAACAUCACCAACACUUCGUUUGAUCAAACUUACCUUUGUUGAUAUCUACAGGAGCCUGGCUAAAGGAACUUUAAAGACUGAAUCUUCCUUUUGGACACAAUUUGAAUGAGUUUUCUGUUUGUGGCUUCUGUAGUAGAUCUUGUACACAGCUCUCAAUUUUUGGAUUAUUAAUAUAAGAUUUGGAACGUAGAAUGGUUUGGUAGCGUUUUGUGUGCCGCUUAUGUGCUUCUUACUUUGCACUGGUCUGCCCCUGGUCUAGGGCACCAUUUUUCACCCCAAAGGAAACGGUUGUUAUUGUUGAUUUCAUUUCUAUGCCAGAUUUUAAAGGGGGAAAAAAAUCUCAAAAGUAGUUCGCAUUACAUUAAAACAUCAAACCUAGAAUAAAACUCAAGAUUCAAGGAAAAUAUUUCAGUGGCAUUUCCCCCCUCCCCAUUUUUAUCUACCUACUUAAUUUAUAGAGCUGCCCCUUGGGAGACAUAAUCUAGGAAGCCAGUGUGGUGUAGUGGUUAGCGUGUUGGACUAGGAGCUGGGAGAUCAGGGUUCAAAUCCCCACUCCGCUAUGAAACUCACUGCGGGACCUUGGAGUGAGUCACAGCCUCCUCACUUUCCUCGCAGGGUCGUUGUUGGAUUAAGUGGGAAAGGGGUGAACUGUGUACUCCUUGGAGAUAAAUGCAGUGAAAAAGCUCUUCUUACCUGCCUAAGAAAACAGGAGGGACCAGCCACAAUUGGACCCACACCAGUUGCAAAAUACACCUGGCUAAUUUUGAACACGGCUUCUGUGUCAGUGGUGUAUUUCUGGUGAUAUACUUUGGCAAUCAGGGUGGGUAAAAAUCAAAUGAUUUUUUAAAGAAAAAAAAUUGGAGUUUUCCUAAUUUAAAUUGGAUUUUUAAAAUAAAAUGCUUUUGGAGGAAAAAUCUUCCUAAAGAUAGUUUUCUGUUUAAGUUACAUUGUAGUCCAAAGGCUAUUCAUUAGGAAAUAAGGAUUUGUUUUAAGUUUUUCAAGUGUGCUAAAACUCUUGUUUAUUUUUAAUUGUUUAACCACAUCAGUUAACAAACGUGGAUACUAUAAUGUUAUUGUUUUAGUUAAAUAAACUGUUUAGUUGCUUAUUAAGGAAAUGAUUAUUUUUCUCCUUCCAAUAAAGCACAGCAGAAAAGUUGUCCAAAUGCAAAGUUAACUUAUUAAACCUCACAAUAAUUUCCUAAUUAUCUGUCAAUGUAUUUAUAAUAGUAUAACCAAAUCAGUAAUUUUUGAUAGAACUGUAAAAACUACUCUGAAAAUUUAUUCUUCCAAAAACGAAACCUUCAUCUGGUUGUAAAUAUUAAAAUGAUACCAGCAAGAAUGAGUCUUUCUGUAAAAAAAUAAUAAUGUUUUAAAUCAAGUCUUACAGACUAGUGAUUUAAAUCAGUUUGAUUUAAAUCAAAUCCACUCUGGCUGGAAGGGGAAGUUAAAAAGGUGUAUAAACGUCAAAACAGUUGAGUGGGUUGUGGGAUGAGUGAAAGCAAAUCCCAGCCCUCCAGAUGUUUUGGGGCUACAACUCCCAUCAUCCCUAGCUAGCAGGAACAGUGGUCAGGGAUGAUGGGAUUUGUAGUCCCAAACAUCUGGAGGGCCAGAGUUUGCCUGUGCCUGGCCUACAGUUUCAUCGUGGGUUUGCUUACUCAGGCGUAAGCCCUGGCAACAAGAGGAUAUGGCUGAGUUGGAAGUGGGAAACUGUUGCGUCUAAUUUCGGGGACGGUUUUAACUGUUUUUCAGCUUCGUCGCUGGUGUGCUGGUACUGCGAAGGAGCGGAAUCGAACUGGGGCUGCUGGAGGUGGCAGAUUUGCUCUGAUUCAGAAACCUCUUGUGCUACCGUCUACGUUGGUGCAGGACUGGGUAGGUAUAUUUUAAACUAGGGGCACGAGAGUUGCUUUACCAGGCAAGGGGAUUCUUGGGUUAAUAGGCUGUGGGGUUUUCUGUCUUUGCUACAAUCAGCCUUCAUCACUUGAUGGAUAGGCAGGAUUCUGCUGAUGGAGACCAAAAGCCCAUCUAGUCUGGGAUAGGGGUCUUGGUUUAUUUUGGCUGGCAGGCUGGAGUCCCCACUCCCCAUGGGCUGACCUGUGAAGUCCAACGGACGCGGGUCUAAACCACGGAGCCACUUGGGCUUCCUGAUCAGAAGGUCGGCGGUUCGAGUCCCAACGAUGGAGUGAGCUCCCGUUGCUGUGUCCCAGCUCCUGCCAACCUAGCAGUUCGAAAGCACACCAGUGCGAGUAGAUAAAUAGGUAUCACUGCAGAGGGAAGGUAAACUGCGUUUCCGUGCGCUCUGGUUUAAGCCACAGUGACCCAUUGUGCCAGAAGCGAUUUAAUCCUGCCAGCCACAUGACCCGGAAGGCUGUCUGUGGACAAACGCCGGCUCCCUCGGCCUGAAAGCGAGAUUAGCACCGCAACCCCAUAGUCGCAUCUGACUGGACUUAACCGUCCAGGGGUCCUUUACCUUUUACCUGUCAAGUACCCCACAUGUUGUGGGUUGACAGUUUGAGCGGGGUUCAGCCUGUGUCAGAAACUCAGAUAUACACUCUAAUAGCCAAAUGGCACCUUAUACUUGGGUUACGGUUGCCACAAUGGAAUGUCUAGGUGCCACCUUUUCACAAUGAAGCUUCUUCUUCUUCUUCUUAAAAGCUUCCCUAAACAGGGCCGCCUUCAGUUGCCUUUUAAAAGUAAAAUAGUUGUUUAUUGAUUGCCUUGACAUCAACUGGGAGGGUGUUCCACAGGGCAGGCGCCACCACCGAGAAGGCCCUCUGCCUGGUUCCCUGUAGCUUUGCUUCUCGCAGUGAGGGAACCGCCAGAAGGCCCUCGGAGCUGGACCUCAUGACCCGGAAGCUGUACGCCGGCUCCCUUGGCCAAUAAAGCGAGAUGAGCGCCGCAACCCCAGAAUCGGUCACGACUGGACCUAAUGGUCAGGGGAUCUCUUUACCUUUAUCCUAUCUCCUCCCAUUCUCCUCUUUUCCAGGCUAAACAUACCCGGCUCCUACAACCGUUCCUCAUAAGGCUUAGAUUCCAGACCCUUCAUAAUCUUGGUCACCCUCUUCUGCACACAUUCCAGCUUGUCAAUGUCCUCUUCAAAUUGUGGCACCCAGAACUGGACACAGGACUCCAGGUGUGGUCUGUCCAAGACAAAAUAGAGUGGGACUGUGACGUCCCUUGAUCUAGACACUAGGCUUCUAUUGAUGCAGUCUAGGAUAGCGCUAACUUUUUUUUGCUGCUGCAUCACACUGCUGACUCAUGUUAGGCUUGUGGUCCACCAAAAACCCUAGAUCCUUUUCACAUGCACUGCUAGUAAGCCAAGCGCCCUCCAUCUUAUAUUAGUGCAGCUGGUUCUUCCUGCCUAAGAGCAGAACCUGACAUUUGUCCCUAUUGAAAUUGGUUUUAUUGGUUACGGCGCAGCUAUCUAAUCUUGAAUCCCAAUUAUGUCCUCCCUGCCAUUAGUUACCCCACCCAGUUUGCUGCCUCUCCUGGUACGUCCCACGGAGGACCUUACGGUCUUCAAACAAAAACAUCUUGGAGAUCCCGGGCCACAGGGAGGUUAGGCUGGCCUCAACCAGAGCCAGGGCUUUUUCGGCUGUGGCCCCGAUCUGGUGGAACGCUCUGUCACAAGAGACUAGGGCCCUGCGGGACUAGACAUCUUUCUGCAGGACCUGCAAGACAGAGCUGUCCCACCAGGCCUUUGGCCAAGGCACAGUCUGACCCCCUCCUUCUGUAAUCCUCACAGAACUCUAGCCCAGUGGUUGCCAUUAAUUUGAUUCUGAAUUGAUUUUAGAAUGAAUUGAUUUUAGAAUGCAUUUCAAUUAAUUGAUUGUGAUUUUAUGUAAACUGUGUUACUUUUACUGUUAGCCGCUCUGAGCCCGGCUCGGCUGGGGAGGGUGGGAUAUAAAUAAAAUAUUAUUAUUACUAUUAUUAUCAUCAUUACUGAUGGGCAUCCUGUGUUGACUCGAUUCCUUCCUUCCAGCUGGUUAUUCGUCGCAGUCCAUCACCAAAGGCUGUGUUCCGGUUUGCCCACAAAUGGGGGUCAACCUUGGCUUCGUAGCCACGUCCGUCAACUGCUGUUCGUCUUUCUUAUGCAACAUCAACGGAGCCAGCAGCGUCAAAACAAACCACCUGAUAUUGGCUGCUGGGAUCGCCGCCAGCUUCUUCUACCUCUUUGGACCCAGGCUGUGA